AUGUGCGUCAUCUUCACCCUAACCUCUCAUCCAGACUAUGCGCUAAUCAUUGCCGCAAACAGAGACGAAUUUCUCAAGCGACCAUCGGCAAAGGCAGCCUGGCACUCGUUUCCAACACCGUCGGUGAUCGCGCUCGAGCAUGGCGCCUCAUGGCAAGAGAGCUUGCCAUUCGCCUUGAGUUUGCCAGAAUCUCUUUCUGCAACCGCACCAUCAGCGACGCAACCUAUCCUCAGCGGUAUCGAUGCUUAUCCUUCCGGAGGAGGCACAUGGCUGGGCAUUACUUCAUCAGGGUCAUUUUCUGUGCUCACCAAUUUCACAGAAACCGCUCCGCCACCACUCCCGCCGAGUGCCUCAAGAGAUACCUACCGGUCUCGAGGAGCACUACCACGGGGUUGGCUUAAGGAAGAAGGCAUGAUAAGCGCUUCAGAUGCAGGUAAACCCAAGAAGACCCACUCUGAACGGUUAGAGGAGUUUUUAGAAGCUGCUGGUACUCAACGGAUGGAGUACCCAGGUUUCAAUCUGUUCGUUGGGACCAUUGAUGCUGGUUCGGACAACAAGCUUUUCGCUACUCUUGGCUAUUUGACGAAUCGUGAUAUUUCAUCGGAAAAUGUUGAGCGACGGCAGCCUAUCUUCAAGCAACUUGCUCAUGGCGGCAAAAUCUUGGAUACGUCACGGCCAAGACAGGCGGGCCAAGCCGGGAACAGCGCGCAAGGCUGUCUGGCCUGUGGGCUGAGCAAUUCGACACUUGACGAUCCGUGGGGCAAGGUUCUCAGCGGCGAGAAGGCCAUGGAGGAGGCUGUCAGUGCGUCAGAGGAGAAAGGUGACAGUGCUGAGGGGAUUGCCGAGUCUCUUUUUGCAAUGCUACGGACUAGUCAAUCAAUACAGACAAGAGCAGAUGUGCAAGAUAGCAUUUGCGUCCCUCCUCUUCGACUUCCCGUCAAGUCAGCCACUUCGGCCGCCGCUACCGACGGUGACGGACACAGCGCCGGCUUAUCGUGGUAUGCAACACGCAUAGCGACCGUCCUCAUUGUACCACGGGACCCAACAAAAGAAGCGACAUGGAUUGAGAGAGACGUACAUGUGCUCCUGGAGGGGACAGGCGACAAGCCUGUCCUGCUCAGCAUCGAGCAGGCAAAGACGUCACAAAGAAUGUACACCUGGGCCAUCUCGCUGCGAUCGAGAGACGCCGCUUAG